CCAAACGCUGCGCAUUUGCCAGCCAGUCCGCCCGUCCGGAGCCCGGCUCGCUGCGGCAGCAUGGCGAGGUCGCCACUGCUCCGCGGGCCGCGGGCCGGGGGCGUCGGUCUCUUGGUGCUGCUGCUGUUGGGCCUACUUCGGCCACCCUCCGCGCUAGGCGCACGGCCGGUAAAGGAGCCCCGCAGCCUGGGCGCAUCCUCGCCGCCCAUGGCUGAGGCUGGCGCCCCCAGCCGAUUCCGGCGGGCAGUGCCCCGGGGAGAGGCGGCAGGGGCGGUGCAGGAGCUGGCGCGGGCGCUGGCUCACCUGCUGGAGGCCGAACGGCAGGAGCGGGCGCGGGCGGAGGCGCAGGAGGCCGAGGAUCAGCAAGCCCGCGCCCUGGCGCAGUUGCUGCGCCUCUGGGGCGCACCCCGCACUUCAGACCCGGGUCUGGGCCAGGACAACGACCCCGAUGCGCCCGCCGCGCAGCUCGCGCGUGCCCUGCUCCGCGCCCGCCUCGACCCUGCAGCCCUCGCAGCUCAGCUCGUCCCUGCCCCCGCCUCUGUGCUCAGAACCCGGCCCCCGGCCUACGAUGACGGCCCCGCCGGCACUGACGUCGAGGACGCCGGCGACUGGACUCCCGAUGUGGACCCCGAGCUGCUGAGGUACUUGCUGGGGAGGCUUCUCACCGGAAGCCCCGACCUCGAGACGGUGGCCGCCCCGCGACGCCUCCGCCGCGCAGCAGACCAGGAUCUGGGCCCUGAUGUGCCGCCUGAGGGCGUGCUCGGGGCGCUGCUGCGCGUGAAGCGCCUGGAGACCCCCGCGCCCCAGGCGCCCGUGCGCCGCCUCUUGCGGCCCUGAGCACCGCCGGAGUCCCACGCCCCUCGGACCCAGGAUGGUCCGCACCUCUGACACCCAGACUGCUCCCCCUCAACACUUCAAGAGCGACCUACCCCGGCUAGCCGCCGUUUGCUGCCCUUUAACCCCAAGAUCCCCACCAUCUGGCCCCACAAUAAAUACAACA